ACAAAAUUUUAAUUUUCUGGUUCUAUUUCAAAGGUACAAAAUCCGUACCAAUUUUCGUGUUUUGGGUGCAGGAAAUGGGGGAAUGUCAAGACAAGUUAUUAUUGCGAUAGUUGUUCCAACUGUUGUUUCCUUAGUGAUUUUGUUCAUAGGCUGCUUCCUUUUGACAAGGAGAGCAAAGCAGAAACGUUAUGAUGCUGUCGACGAGGAAAACGACGAAGGAAAUGAUAUUUCGACAAUUGAAUCCUUGCAAUAUGAUUUGAAUACUGUUGAGCUUGCUACCAACAACUUUUCUCCUGAUAACAAGAUUGGCGAAGGUGGAUUUGGAAGUGUUUACAAGGUAAAGAAAUACAAUUCGAAGUAUGCUAUGGUAGUUUUGACGUCUUUUUCGAUGGACAAGGUGUAA